CUGACCGGAGUAUGUAUAAUCGUAUUUGUGAUAAGCAUUCAUUGUUUCGGAUUAAUAGUCACUCGUCACAAUGCUGAUUUAUUGGCUCUCAAUUUUGUUGCUCUUGAUCUCACAGUUUCAGCAUGUUGUGCCUUACUUGCAGCUGGUAUUUGCUGUGUUAGUGUUUAACAGCUGGGGGCCUUGGGCUAAGUUUUUUGUCUCAUUGUACUUUAUGGUAAUUACUUGUAAUACAGGCAGGUUUCGGCAGCAGGGCAGGAUGGACGUGGCUGUGGACUUGUACCUGGCUGUCCCACUGCUCUUCACCAUUCUGGCCCUCAUCCUCGCUUCCAUCUUCGUGAAGCUGUGGGGAGCCGAGGGGGAGCUGCCCCAGGAGCCAAGUGGCCAAAGCACCCAGAAGAGCGGGCCGGGGGACCAAGCGGCGGCAAGAGAGGGGAUGGAGGCCAGGAGGGAGCGGCUGCCAGUGGAGGAGGUCGGGGCGGUCGAGAAGGGGAAAGAGAAGGCUGCCAAGCAGUGGGAGGAGGCGGCAGAAGAGCCAAGCCCCGUGGCUAAGCCCAGCCCUGCGGCAGCCGAGAGCACCCUCCAGCAGCUGCCCGCCGAGCCCCGUGAGCCUGAGCCCCAGGAUGACGUGGAGAGUAAGAUACCACCUUUGGGAGCCUCAGCUGGGUCCAGCCUUGGGCACCCAGGACAAGUGGAGGAUGCAGGAGACCACACAGCACUUUCCAGCAAGGCAGAAGAUCUGGACUCAGAAAAAGAGAAGCUGGUGACUGGGAACUGA